UUUCGUUGGAGCAUCGAUACGAGAUAACGAGCAUCAUAACGAGCAUCAUGUCGUACCCUAUGAUGCCCCCCGAUCUAUACACCUACAAGCAAAUGGGCCUCGUCGCGACUGCACGCGGUCAACCAGGCAUUCACUGUGUCUACCAGAAUGGAUUCAGACGUCAAUCGGAAUCUGACACGGGCACCUUGAGACUUCCUAAAGGACUGACAAGACAUGUAAAGUUUAUGCAUGUACUUUACUUCAUGUCAAAAAACGUGCAGAGGUACCGCCUUUGGCAAAAUAAAGAGACUACUUCUGUUUAUGGGGAGUACUUAGUAGACCCUAGUGGACCAUCUCUCAACUUCUACGCCCAGAGAUCAAAGACAGCAAACAACUAUUACACGUACCAUGACCACAUGAAUCCCACGACUAAGUUUAGCACCGGACUCUCCGUUAUACAGGCGGAUGUCGACGACAGUGAAAAACUCAUGGUGAAACUGAACGGCGAAGACCUAUGGACACAACGGGAGGACAUUCUCAUAGGUCUCAGUGAUCUCGGUUGGCACGAAUGGGAAAAGAAAAGUGGAGGAGAUAAAUAUGAAGCCUACACCAUGGAAAUCCACAUCACGUACGAGGACAACGCAGAUGGUGAAGUCUUUGAUCACGGGAAUGAUUUCAAGACCUUAGGCCAGGGCCAGACGGACGACGUGAGUGAAACACGACUGAGCCCAGGAGCCUAUAUUCUAUGGGAAGGCAAAGCAGAAAGCGACGCCGAGAUCACCAUCAAAGACGGAACCCUCGCACUGUUCAGCCACAAGGGAAAGACGGACUCCCUGAAAGUCGUGAUGAAGGUCGAGCAGGGACGAAUCUUGAUCGGAGAAGCAGGAAAGCCUCCCACUGCCAUCCCCACCACGAAGUACGACAUCACGGCCAACGCCGCACCCGGAUACGCACACAUCGUAGUGAGCAAAGCAUACUAUCUCACCAACUUCAUAGUGGUGACCGGUAUCUACGGAUAUCCUUGACCCUGCAACAGCCAACAGACCAGAACGACAGUUGUCCACUGUCAUGUACAAGAGAGUGGAUGACUAUGGGCCAGACCAAGACAAAACCACAAAUACUGGAAUAAACGCACAUGCACACUCCA